GCAUUCAAAAUUUAACGGUUUGGCUCAUCAAGACAUUCCUGUCCUACUCUGGGGAGGUGCCGUACAGAGGGUAAUAUUUGAUCCAGAGUUUACAUCCACCUGGGACAACGGUUCUAUGAUAACUGAUCUCAUACCAGCUUCACCAUGAGCAUCGAUGAAAUCUGUGAGAACACCAAGAUGGGGAGGGAAUAUGCCCUGCUGGGAAACUACGAGACAUCUCUUGUCUACUACCAAGGAGUCUUGAACCAGAUCCACAAGCUCCUGACGUCAGUCCAUGAUCCGCAACGCAAGCAUCAAUGGCAAACAAUAAAACAGGAACUUACCCAAGAAUAUGAGCAUGUGAAGGACAUCACAAAGACCCUGAGCGGCUUCAAGUCCGAGCCUGCCCCGGAGCCGGCUCCCAACCAUAGACCCGCCCCUUUCAGUCACCAUCAGCAUGCCAAGCCUGCAGAGCCAGCCAGAGAUCCUGACGUGUGGCCCCCUCCAACCCCUGUGGACCACGGUCAUAGGCCUUCCCCUCCAUACCAGCGGGCUGCACGCAAGGACCCGCCCCGUCGCAACGAGCCCAGCAAGCCAGCCAAUCGGAAUUCUGGACAUGACCGUGGAGGUCGUGGCCCCUCAGAUCGCCGUGGUGAUGGUCGUUCCGCUGGUGGACGAGGCGGCGCUAGGGGAAGUGAUAAAGACAAGGGAAGAGGUGGAAAAUCAGAUAAGGACAAGAAAGCCCCGUCAGGUGAAGAGGGCGAUGAGAAGAAGUUUGAUCCCGCUGGUUACGACAAAGAUCUGGUGGAAAACCUCGAAAGAGAUAUCGUGCAGAGAAACCCAAAUGUACACUGGAAUGACAUUGCUGGUUUGACUGAAGCCAAACGUCUUCUAGAAGAAGCCGUGGUGCUUCCCCUCUGGAUGCCGGAUUAUUUCAAGGGAAUCAGAAGACCCUGGAAGGGGGUUCUGAUGGUGGGGCCGCCAGGGACGGGUAAAACCAUGCUUGCCAAGGCCGUAGCCACGGAAUGCGGGACAACGUUCUUCAACGUGAGCUCGGCGUCGCUGACUUCGAAGUACCACGGAGAGUCAGAAAAGCUUGUGCGGCUCUUGUUUGAGAUGGCACGAUUCUACGCUCCAAGCACCAUCUUCAUUGAUGAGAUUGAUUCUAUCUGCAGCAAGCGUGGAACCGGGUCUGAACACGAGGCUAGCAGGAGGGUCAAAUCUGAAUUGCUCAUUCAAAUGGAUGGUGUGUCCGGACCGAGCGCUGGUGAGGAGAGUAGUAAGAUGGUGAUGGUUCUCGCUGCCACCAACUUCCCCUGGGAUAUCGACGAAGCCCUCAGGAGACGUCUUGAGAAGCGUAUCUACAUUCCACUGCCAGAAAUUGAUGGUCGAGAGCAGCUUCUUCGUAUCAACCUGAAGGAAGUGCCUCUUGCUGAUGAUGUUGAUCUCAAGACCAUUGCUGAGAAGAUGGACGGUUACUCUGGAGCUGAUAUCACCAAUGUUUGCAGGGAUGCCUCCAUGAUGGCGAUGCGUCGUCGCAUCCAGGGACUGCGGCCGGAGGAGAUCCGCAACAUCCCCAAGGAGGAACUGAACCAACCCAGCACCCCUGAUGACUUCAUGCUGGCUCUGCAGAAGGUCUCCAAGUCUGUCGGCAAGGAGGACCUGGAGAAGUACAAGAAGUGGAUGGAGGAGUUUGGCUCCGUCUAGUGAGGGCGGGCUUGGCUCCGGGUAGAUUGGAGAUUAGAGUGGGGCAUGGGAAUGGACUGCCUUUGAAAGACUGUAGAAUAUUGAAAAUAAGGCUUUGUGUGAAGAGAGAUUCUGUUAUGUCUUUGAUUCUCUUUCAGCAACAUAUAUCAGGCCCUGUUACAUAGAGCUUAGCGAUUGUUCACAGGGCUGAUUAUUGUGUAUGAUCAGUCGUAAAAGUCAGGCCCCCCCCAAAUCAAUUGUUAAAUUUUAUGGUACAGGACCCAGAUCUAACAAAAUUUUCCGAAGUUACAAAGUGCUUAUAUGAAUGGCUGUUACUGCCUUUAGUAGGUGGAGAAGGUUGCUUGAAUGGAAGAUUUUGAUUCUGGUACAACAGAGAGAUAGAAACUAACAGAAGUAUUGUUUGUGAGUAGGAUGAAGAGGAGAAAAUCCAUCUGGUAUUGGAGAUGUUCAUACCCAUUAAUGUUUGGUACAUUGAUAAUCGGAAAUGGUGGAUAUUGCACCAUUAACAUGACUUCAGAACAUUUAAAAUGCCUGAUUUCAUCAAUUUCUCUAAUCAUCGAAUUCAUUAAAUCUUUCUCGCUUGUAAUGUACAUUCACAUAUUGUACCUGCCUAGGGAUAUGUAUGAAUGUGGUAUAGAACUAUUACUUUCUAAAUGUAUAGAUAUAUUGAUUAGCAAUAGUGAAUAUCUAAUAAUUAGCCGUGAUUGUAAUUCCCCCAUUUCAAAAUUGGCUAGGGGUUAAUUAUUGUAUAUUAUUGAAAGAAUGAUCAACAUUUUAAAAGAUAUUAACGUAUUAUUUGCAGGUUAUGAUAAUUUUGAACUUAACGCCAGUAAUAUAAAGAGCAUUCUGUUUUCGACUUGAUUUUAUAUUCCGUCCAUGUGUGAUGAUUUAGUUUGCAGUUUAAGAGAAAAGGACAGAAAUGUAUGAGCGUGUGGUUGCUUUCAUUGGAAUUAAUGGUAAAUUUGUGAAAGCGACAUUAGAUUGGUAGAUUUGUUUAAUAGAUGUGUGUGAUACUACUUAGAUGCUAGCCAUUAUGUACAGUUCAAUUGUAUUGCAAAAUAUUUCAAUUGCUCUCAACUUGGAAAGAGUCUAAACAUUGAAAGUUAGUUGGUCUGGUGCAAGAAUACAAAUACAGACUUUUGAAAUGUGGUUUACUAAAUUCAACAAAAAUGAAUGUGUAUAAAAUGUAAGAGACAUAUAAUUCUAUUAUUCAUUUCCUUGAUUUUCAUACUUAUUGCUUCAACAAUUGAUUUCUUAUUUAUAGCACCCGUGGGGUUAUUUUAUAAAGAUGUUUUUAAGUUACAAACAACUCUAAGCAAGACUGGUGAUACCUACUUGUGCUAUGAAUAAAAGAAUGAGAUACUGAUUACAGCACUAAGAAGGUACCACCAGUCAUUUGUAAUGUAAUUUGUUGAUUACAAAUAGCUAUAUGAAAUACCCCACAUAGUCCUUUGCAGAAAGAAGUGCAAUCAAGCGCAAUGUGGUUUUCAACAAAUGUGAACUGCGUGCGAAGUGAAUCGGUGCGCAGACAUGGGGCACCAUUUUUUCGUUCAAUCUGAAAAUCACUGCCCAAGGUUUUUUCCAAGAAAAUCACAUAUUUCAAAUUUUUAUAAAAUAUUUUGCGCACUUAAUUAUAAUGAUAUAAGGAGCAUUAUUAACUGAAAGAUCUUGUGUUGUUAGGUGGGUAGACUUGGGGACCACCAUUAUAGUUGUCUUUUGAAGUAUUGUAUACAGUGGACACUUAGUUUUAGCGACAAAUCUCAGUGAAUAUAUGAGAUAUUGCAUGUUCAUUUCUAUGUCACUUCUGUAGACAUUAAUGCUUAUAAGCUAUAUGUAAAUAUUCUUGAAAAUAUUAAUUAAAAAAUUACUAGCCAUGAU